UNAAGUGCCCUCUCGUUGCUGUCAGGUGCCUUCUACACAAAACCAUUUCUUCAUAUAGCUUCCUCUAGAAUUGUGCAAGACUGAUUUUGCAUUCUCCAGAGACAUUUGUAGGUGCUCUAUUGGAGAAUUUGAAAACUGCAAAAUCUACAGUACUAAAAAAAGAUGAUUGAACGACUGAAUUUUAUGAUUUUAAUUUUCAUGUUAUUAAAAUAGCAUACAACACACUAACUUAUUCACCUUUGAUAGCUCACUUGUAGGAGUAUUUUCGCUGACAUCAAGUUCUUUAUUUUGUUUUACACUUGUGCUAGACCAGAAUAAAAAAAUAUAAAGAUGAUACUGUACUACUGUCCGUUUUUCAAGCACUCGAAAGUUAGACUUCCGYCACGCACUCCACGGUCGCUUURCGUAAACAACACAUGACAAAAACCUACUCGUUUCCGCUUUUCCGUUGGCUUAUAACCCUCUGUAGUUUGGAAUAUUUCCUUCUCCCGUGCUCUGCAGUUGGUGCRCCACAUAGUUCCUGGAGUAUAUGAUUCAUUUGCCUCUCCUAAUCUAUCCACAGCGUCGUACAGUCGCAUUGGUAAGUCGAUGAGUGAGUUUGUAUGGCUGCCUCUACAAGGAGCAUCGCCGGUCUUUUUUUUCAAUAAUUUUUUUAUGUUUUAAACAAACCCUACUUUUUUCAGGAACCUGUCCAGCUCUUGCAAGUUUUCUUCCGACAAUAAAAAGCUUUCCCCGUGAACAUUCAUUUUGUUUUGACCGAGUUUUGGCACCUUUCACGUAAUCCUGUCCGCGAGCGUGUCCUGUUGUUGUCACGACGGCUAAAAUUACGAGCGGCCAUAUCGGACACACUUUCAUGGUAAUUUUCUCAGGGUAUAAAGAAAAAUAAAGAGGUAUAAAAUAGGAAUCACUUAAGUAGUACAAUUUCUAGGUUCACUGAAAAAAUUAACCUUAUAAACCCAGGGAAUUGCUUAUAAACCAGUCUCAAAGUACGUGUGUGGAAAAAUCCCCAUGUUUACUACACUCAAGAUUAAUUUUGUACGCAUGCGCAGUGGUCUGACCGCGGUGUUAAAAGAGUAGAGUUUACACAGAUAUUUCUUGUUGAUUUCUUGGUCUAUCCUUUGGUCCCAAUUUCAAUCAAUAUCUUCUUUAAACGAAAGACGAACAGAAACGUGGACCUUCUGGAAAAGAUCCAUUUUAUAUGACGCCCGCGGUAUAUAUUGCCAGCGGUAUAUCAUUCAAGAUGGCGGACGACAAGAGAGUUUUAACUGUUCUUUUCGGUUCGCAAACAGGGACAGCAGAGGACGUUGCUGAAAGGAUUGGACGUGAAGGAAAGCGACAUUAUUUGUCUGUCUGUGUUAGAGCUUUAGAUGAUUAUGAUGUGACGAAGCUUAUCCAAGAGAAAAUUGUAGUAUUUGUUUGUGCCACCACAGGACAAGGUGAUGAACCAGAUAACAUGAAGAAAUUCUGGAGAUUUAUAAUGCAAAGAAACCUACCAACCAACUCACUAAACCAGCUCAAGUUCUGUGUUCUUGGACUGGGUGAUUCAUCAUAUGCAAAAUUUAACUUCAUAGCUAAAAAGAUCCAAAAAAGAUUAGUCCAACUGGGAGGUACAUCAUUGAUCUCUUUGGGUUUGGCUGAUGACCAGCAUGAACUAGGUGCUGAUGCUGUUAUUGAUCCUUGGUUAAAAGAGUUAUGGCAGAAUGUCCUACAAAUCUACCCACUACCACUGGGAAAGGAGAUUAUUAGUGAUGCAAUAAGACCUCCUUCAAGGUACAGAGUUUCAUUUGUUGAAAGUGAAUUUAAUGUUUCUCUACAAGACGACAAUUCAAAAGUUCCACAACAUGUCGAUAAACAUCAUCCAUUCCAUGCAAAAUUGAUAUCCAAUGAGCGAGUGACAGCUACAGAUCACUGGCAAGAUGUACGUCUUGUUCGUCUUGAUACAACUAACUCCAAUAUCAUAUAUAGUCCUGGUGAUGUUGUUAUGAUUCAGCCAAGCAAUUUACAAGAAAAUGUCGAAGAAUUCAUUAAUUACUUAAAACUGGAUCCAAACAGGGUAUUCUCGCUAGAGCAGAACGACCCAGAUAUUCUCCUACCCAAUGGUCUGCCAAGCCCCUGCUCGAUAAGGUACCUUGUGGAACACUAUUUCGACAUACAGGGCACACCCAGGCGGUAUUUCUUUGAACUCUUGUCACACUUUACAACAUCAGAACUUGAAAGAGAAAAGCUGCAAGAAUUCAAUUCAACCGAGGGUCAGGAAGAACUUUAUUCAUAUUGCUACAGACAGAAAAGAUCAAUGCUGGAGGUUCUCCAAGACUUCCCACACGCCAGUGCAAACCUUCCAUUUGAGUACUUAUUUGACGUCAUACCCCCCAUKAAGCCUAGAGCUUUCUCCAUCGCCUCAUCAAUGCUGGCGCAUCCCAAUGAAAUACAAAUAUUAAUGGCGGUCGUGCAGUAUAAAACCAAGUUAGCUAAACCGCGUCGUGGUCUGUGUUCUACAUGGCUAUCGUCCUUAGAUCCAUCUAAUAAUCACCUUAUUCCUGUAUGGGUUACCAAAGGCACGAUAUCGCCACCUAAAGAUAGCAAUAUACCAAUGAUUAUGAUAGGGCCUGGAACAGGAGUUGCCCCUUUUAGAAGCUUUAUUGAAGAACGAAUAAGUCAAGGCUGUACAGCUGGUGUUCUGUUCUUCGGGGCACGAAACCGCUGUAAAGAUUAUUUCUUUGAGGAACAAUGGAAUGACUUAAGCAAACGAGAGGUGUUAACUGUGUUUACUGCUUUUUCAAGAGAUCAGGAGGAGAAAGUCUACGUCCAGCAUGCUAUGAGAGCCAACAGUUGGUUAAUAUGGGAUAUGCUUAGUAAUAAAAAGGCAUCGUGUUACAUAGCAGGAAAUUCCAAGCGUAUGCCCAUCGACGUCACAGAGGCCCUCAUUGAAAUCAUCGGUAAAGAAGGAAAAAUGGAUCUACCAAACGCACACAAUUAUAUGAAGUACCUUGAGCAAUCCAGACGAUUUCAAUGUGAAACUUGGUCGUGAAUAAACAAUUAGUAUAUCAACAAUUAUGAAAAACUGUAGUGACGUUUUUGAAGUAAAAAGAUCAAUUC